GGGCUUAGAGGCCUGCCGACCCCGCAUCGACUAGAAACACGUCAGAUUUUGGGUUUCAUCUCCGGCUUGCCACCGGCCGCCGACCGCACUCCUUUUUCUCCUAGUGUACGCCAAUAGGCGACAGUCCAUUUACCGAUCGGUCGAUCAACAGAGCUCAUCAUCGAUGGUACCAGAACGAAAAUGGAAAAAGGAGCGAAGAGAUGGAUUGUCGAUGCAUCAUAGCGGAAUCCAUCUGCCAUUGACUUGUCUCUCGCGCUCGCUCUUCUCCCCCAACUCAAACAUUUCUCCAUCAACAGAUUUGUGAGGAAGAGGAAGAUCGGAAGAAGGCAGCAUGUUGCUUCACUACUCUCUCGUCCCUGAAGUUGUGAAAAUACCUUAUGAUAAUAUUCCCAUCAAUCGCACAUUGGAAGGAAAGCUUUGCCUGACUUGUAAUAGCAUCCGAGAUACAACAGCAGUCAGCAGGUGGCUGCUUUCUUUUACAUUGGAUAUGAUGGCUCGCUAUGGUCAGUAAAGUAUUAAUUUGCAACUAUUAGAUUCUGAUGGAUGCC